AUGAAAUAUCUACCCACCCUGUGUAGUAAUGUGUAUUUUCUAUGGUCGGAAUUAAACGACUGACCUUAUUUAUGUUGUACCAAAUUUAAAUGAAGGAUAGAAAGAACUACGAGCAACACUGAUUAAUACUAAUAUAUAUAUUUUAGGUAGUACCUACAGAGAAAAUGAAACGAUGCGAAAAUUUAUUCCCUAAUAAGCAGGGUUUUAUCAUUUUUGCUCUGUAUAUAAUUUUAUUUGUAUUUCAAGGUGUAUUUGUAACUGCAUCAAAAACAGAAAAUGGAGGCUAUGAUUAUAAUACAACCCUAGUUGUAUUCUUGUCAGAAUUACUAAAACUAAUAGUUUCUGCUAUCUUAUACACUCUAGGGAGGGAAAACAAACCACACAUUUUCAAAGCAAUCGCAAUAAAUUAUAAUUUGUUGUUGUUAUAUUUCAUUCCUUCUUUGUUAUAUUGCUUUUAUAACAAUUUGGCAUUUAUCAACUUAUCACAUUAUGAUCCUACUUCGUAUUAUAUUCUACUUCAGUUCAGGGUUGUUCUGACAGCAUUACUUUUUCAGUUUUUAUUUAAGAAAGAUUUGACAUUCAUACAAUGGAUAUCCUUGGGAAUUUUAACAAUAGGAUGCAUGAUCAAGAACUUUGAUGCAUCAACGGUGAACUCCAAAGAAGAUGGCAACGCUUGGUCACAAGUACUAAAUAUUUAUUUCUUAUCAAUAAAUUUUCAGAACUUUUGUUCUUGUUUAGCUGGUACAUUUAAUGAGUACUUAUUGAAGAAACAAGGAUCACACGUCAACAUAUUUUUACAGAAUGUUUUUAUGUAUUUAGACUCAGUUCUGUGUAAUUUUAUUGUAUUAUUAUUGAAAGGUGAAUUAGGGGCAAUAUUUGAAGAUUUCAAUUCUUUAUAUGACAUCUUUGUGAUCCUUAUAAUUGUGAAUAGUGCUAUAGUAGGGAUAGUAACGAGUUUCUUCUUAAAAAAAUUAAACUCUAUUUUAAAAACAUAUGCAAGCGCAUUAGAACUAAUAAUAACAGCUGUUGUGUGUUACAUACUUUUUAAUAUACCAAUUACAUGGUUUACCAUUGUUUCAAUUUGUUUAGUGAGUGUGGCUGUAGUUAUGUAUUUUAAAAAUCCAGUUAAUAAUGUAGUUUCUAAGUCGUUAGACGCAAAAGAUUCAACACUUUUAGAAGUCACCAGUGAUUAGUUCUUUCGAAGAACUAUUGAAUAUAAGAAAAUAAUCUCAAAAGAUAUGUACUGAUUAUAUUUAAUUUGUUAUGUUUUUAAAAAGGAUAAUUAUGUGAAGGAUGUAAUGAUCAUAAACUUUUUAUUGUCAAGUUAAAAGAUCUCAACAAUACAAAAGCAUAAAUUUAAAAUAAUCAACAAUGUUGACUUGACUAUGAUUAUAACUUGAUAUUAAAGUUUUUAAGAAAUUUGGCCAAAGAUGUAUGUUAAGUCCCUUCAUGAUAUAACAUAUAAUUAUUAAAACAAGUAUUUAAACACAAAGGAUAAUGUAAAAGUUAGGAUAUGACUUUUAUUUAUUUGUAAUUUAUAAGUUUUUGAUGAUAUGAAAAUCCAGGUUCACUCUUAGUUUAAAAGGAAGCAGUGUUUUCAAUAAAAUUUACAUAGAUGAUACUGAAAUCUCAGCAAUAUCUAUGUGGUGCAUUGUUAUUACACUGGUAGACAGCAUUUUUGCGCGUGGGCUGUGUAUAGCCUCAUUUUAUUGCUUCUAUAGCUAGGAAUAAAACUAAGAAGUAGUUUUAAAUUUCAUUGUGUGAAAAUAAUGCAAAAAAACAACUACAUAAAAAUACAACAAAUUUGGUUCUAAGAGAUGGUUUAUGAAAAUAACGAACGACAAUUUUUUUUUUUAACUUAAGUAGAAUUCAAGUGUAUAAAAAUCAACGGUUUUGCUUUUUACACGCUUUUUAUUAGCUUCACUUGUAUGUAUGUUUGUAACUGACUCCUUAAAGACGCGAUUAUGACCCACUUUAAACGGCCAGAUUUCAUUCAAACUUGUAGAUUUUGACAAUACACUAAUUUGAUAAGAUUAUUCCAUUAUUCAAUUUGCAAAAUAAGAUUUUUGCCAAUUUACAUAAUUUUUAUUUAUACUCGAUAAGGCAGGAAUUGAUGUUAAAGUACUUAAUAGUUUUAAAAAUACACUUAUAUAGAAAAAUUAACUAAAAAAUUAAAAAUAAAUAAUAGUUUAAAAAAAAUAAAAAACACGCUUUAUAUAAAAUUCAACUAAAAUAGAAAAUAAAUUCAAAUUGAUAAUAGUGUAAAAAAAAUAUAUUUUAUUUUAAAAAAAAGCAUGGGGUCAUGUCUAUGGGUUGCUUUUUAAGAUAUUAUUGAAAUAAUAAUUAUUCUACUUAAAUCUGUCGGAAAAACACAACUAAUAACAACGCUUUUUUUACAAUAAAAUGUAUAUUUUUUACACUAUUUUCAAUUUAAAUUUAUUUUCUAUUUUUUAGUUGAAUUUUACAUAAAGCGUGUUUUUUAGUUUUUUUAAACUAUUAUUUAUUCUGUCAUAUUUCAACAGAAAUUUCUUUCAUUAACCCCCAAAAUAGUUCCCAUCAUGUUUUUAGUAUUUGACCUUCGAAAAGACUCGUAUUCUAUUAUGUCUAGAUGGAAGCGUUUAAACAAAAGUCCGCAGUCUAAUAGCCAUAGAGUGUAAGAGAGUGCUUCUUUAUCGCGACCCACCGAGAAGAUCAAGGGGAAAACUCAGUGGGUUGUGGCUAGGUUGCACGGUUCUUCCGGAUAAGCUACCAUAUUAUCUUUAAAUUUAUCUAAAUUAGAAUGUAACAUGCGCAUCUUUAGAGACAUUCUACAUCUUGUGCAAAAAUUCUAAAUCAAAUCAUUUCGUCAAAUUUUCAGCUCAUGAUUUUCAAAGGAACUAAGUACGCCGUAGGCCCUUUUUUCCUCUCUGCUAAGAAACCGCCGGGAAAAUAUCACAAUCCUUUUUUAUUUAUUUGAGGGCUUAUAAAGAUUCCGGCUUUAAUUUUCGCCUCUGAAAAUUAAAGACCCAAAUUAAUAUAUUUUUAUAACGACAAUGGCGUCCCAUUUAAUGUUACAUUUUUCUACUUAGUGUUUAGUACGUCCAUGCCAAUGUUUUUGGCAGUAUAAGCUGCAUCAUCUCACCGGCAACCACCUUGCAUGCCAGUUAAAACACCAUCUUGAAGUCUACAUAAUUUCGCAUAGGUACUCCGAUAAUCAAUAUUGUUAUAUAUAUAAUUGCAGCUAGUAGCAUUUUAAUUUUGUAAUUUUCUUUAAUAGACAGAAUAGAUGGGUUAUUCGCAUUGUCUAGAACAGCUUUUAAACUUUUUGUUAAGAUGUCUUCCUAUUAACCCCCGCCUUUUUAUUCCCGAUGUUAAUAGAAUACGAAAAUAGAAAAUGAUCCAAUCGCACUUUUUAUAAUUAAUUUUGCUUACAGGCGCUUAUAAAAUCACAAUAUUUUUUCAAUUUCAAUCAAAUUUAUCUGAGUGCUAUGAAAGUGAUCGUACCUACUCAAAAUUAUUGCGUAAAGGGUUUGAAAGAUACAUAGUUUUUUUUUGUAAUUUCCUUAAACUAUAGCGUCAUGUAGCAAUUUAUAGAUUACGCCUUCCAAAUUUCAUUGAUAGAUCUGUUCUUCGAGUAAAAUGGUCGAAACAUAUUAAGUCGUGGUAAAAACAUUAUGCGGAAUACCUAACUAAUUAACCGAUGAAUUAAUUAUAAGUGACCUGGCUUUGAAAUUAAUAUACCCAAAAAAUGAUAUUUUAAAUAAAAUAACUUAUUUUA